GAUGUCCAGUUGUCAAUUUUUGCAUUGUCUUGUGCUUCUUGCGUUUUCUUGUGCAAGUCUGUAAUACAAAUCGACCGGAGAAAAACUUUUUUCUUGAGAAAAAUGGCAGAUGCUGAGCUUGCAAAAGCAUUGAAGGACUUGCCGAAUCGGGUUUUGAACGUGAGCGUCGAGGAACGUCCCGAAUUGUUCCGGAAUGUGAUAGCCGUACUGCCCAAUCCAGGUAUCAACGCUACCAUCGUUCGGGGAAUUUGCAAAGUGAUUGGAACGACUCUAACCAAAUUCAAAGACCCGUCGUCGCAGGCACUGGUUCGCGAGCUUAUUGUUGCGUUGCUAAAAGAACAUCCCGAUUUGUCAUACGAGCACUUGAACAAUGUACUGAAAGCGCUGGUUACGAAAGAUCUAGCGGCGGCACCACCUCUGAAAGGGGCACAAGCUGCCGUCCUAGCUUUGGGAUGGGCAAAUCUGGUUGCAUUACAUGGAAACCAUGAAUCCGAUGUCGGCAAGAAGGAGUACCCCAAGCUAAUCGAAAAUCAGGCUGGUUUGUAUCAGUUGUCACUGACGUCCGGCAUUCAGAAAAUAUCCGACAAAGCGUACAGCUUUUUGCGGGAAUUUUUCGGUGAAAAGGAUGAUUUGGAAAAGGUUUAUUUUGCUAAAUUACUCACGAUGGAACCUUCCAGUUCGGUAGUCCUUCUCCUAUCGGCUAUAUUGAGGUAUUGUAAAGAAGAGCAUGACAAUCUUACGUUACUGGAUCAGAACAAGGCAAAAUUACUAGAUUAUAUAGUGAAAGGGUUGAUUACGGUUAAAACUAAACCGCAUGCAAGCGACAUCGUCGGUUGUUCGAUCUUGUUCAGUGCCUUCAGCAAAGAAGAAUUCAAAGCCAGCAUUUUACCGGCACUGCAGCGAUCCAUGCUACGUUCGCCGGAAGUAAUUCUACGAGCCGUAGGUGCCAUUGUCGGCGAAAUUCAGGCCGAUAUAAGCGACUUUGCACUGGAUAUCGGCAAAACGCUGGUGCAGAAUUUAGCCUCCAAGGAUGAAACCGUUCGCAAUGAAGCUACCGAGUCGUUGAAGCAGAUAGCGAUGAAAUGUGCUGCUCCGAAAGCCAUUGAGACGUUGCUGAAAGAGGUGUUUGCCAUACUGAAUGGAACGGGUGGAAAGAUUACGAUGGUUGAGCUGCGGAUUAAUUUGUUGCAGGGUGCCGGUAAUCUGAGCUACCAUAAAAUUGACUCCGAAGAGGUUCAGUCGCUCAUGUCGGCCGUUACCGACCAUUUCACCAAAGCGCUGGAGACUGAACUGCAAGAGAAAGCGCUUUGUCAUGCACUGGAAAUGUUUGGCCAUUGGUCGAUUUAUUUCCGUGGAGAGAUUCCCGCUAAAAUCGUUCAAACAUUCAAAAAGGGAUUGGAGGCAAAAUCACCGGUGCUGCGGACAAGUUAUUUGCAAUGGUUUCUUGCCUGUUUGGAGAAUGGAACGCUACCCAGUGGAAGUGAUUUCACUGCUGCCCUGUCAAAGAUAGUGGAGAAAGCUGCUCAGAAUCCCACACAGACUCCGGCGGUUUCCGAAGGAGUAGGCGCUGCUUGCAUCAUUCUGGUGACCAAUCCUAAAGUUAGCGAUCAGCAGAAAGAUUUUUGGAACGUAGUUCUAGACAUGAACAAAAAGGUUUUUCUGGGAGAAAAAUUUCUUGCCAAUACCGCAGCCGAGACACUUUGCUACGUGAUGCUAUUCUGUGAACAACUACUGCUCAAUCAUUUGGAAGAGCUUAAGGGUUCCUCGGAUGCUCUUUUCAAAACGGUAAUAUACUGCGUGAAUUCUUCCCACAAAAAAGUUCGCAAAUAUUGUUUACCUCGGCUAAGGAAAAUUGUCAACAGUUCGAAUGGCAUCAGUUUGGCGAAAAGUCUGCUUCAAACGUUAAUCACUUUUGUAGAAAGUACGAAAAUUCUUAACGAAGGCGAACAGGAAGAAGGAGGCAUUCCGGCUCAGGCAUUGGUGGAUACCAUCAAAACCACUACUGAAAUUGACUCCAUUCAGAGUGCAAACUCGCAAAUAAUAGCACUCAGCGCCCUGCUCUGUACGCACCAUCCGGCAGCCAUCUCGGUGCAAUCCGACCUGUGGGAAUCGAUUCUGCAGCGUUACGAAUUGAACGGAAAGUAUUUCAUCUCGAUGAAUUCUGUCGCCAUCAAGGAGUGUUUCUUCGACGGCUACAAAGCUACUGCCAUGUACGAAAAUACGUUGGCCACACUAGCGCGCAUCAGCCCGGAAACGGUUCUGCCGGUGCUGGUGAAAAAUGUGACAAAUCAACUGAAUAACUCACGGAUGUCCAAUGUCAGUGACGAAGAGUAUUUUACCUAUUUGACACCGGAUGGAGAGUUGUACGAUAAAAGUGUGAUACCGAACUCGGACGAGCAGAUGAACACUGCCCAUUUGAAGCGAGAGAACAAAGCUUACAGCUACAAGGAACAACUGGAAGAGCUCCAACUCCGCGGAGAAAUUGAGGAAAAGCGUCGCAAGGAAGGUAAAUCCAAACCGCCCCAGCUAACACCGAAGCAGAAGGAAGCGAUCGAAAAGCAAACGGAAAAGGAAAAGGCCAUCAAAGCCCGGCUCCGGGAGCUGAACAAUAUCAUCGCGACGCUAAUCUCGCAGAUCGAGGGUGCCAUCAAGGGAACCCCCCGGCAUCUGUCGUUGUUUUUCCCGACCUUGCUACCGGCUAUUCUGCGUGUUUUUUCUUCCCCACUAGCGGCUCCUUCCAUGGUUAAGCUGUAUCUGCGCUUGAUGGAUACCUGUUUCUGCGGUGAUUUGACCGAGGUGGGUCGUGAUUUGGCCGUGGCCACGGUUCGACUGAGUAAACCGCACUGUGACUUAGAGGAGAGUUGGUGUACUGCCAACUUGGUCGAGUUGGUUAGCGAUAUUCUGGUGUCGCUUUACGACGAAACGAUCGAUAAGUACAAUGUACACAUUGACGAGGAAAAAGCGAAGAAUUAUUUGCUAAACGCCCCUGCCUUCAGCUAUACGUUCGAGUUUCUGAAAAGGGCUUUGAUUACGCCGGAGGCGGGUAAGGAUGAGAGUUUGCUGAUCAAUGGAAUACAGAUUAUUGCCUAUCAUGCGCAACUGAAGGGUGAUACAGUGGACGGGAUGGAUUUUGAGGAUUUGUACCAUCCGAGAUAUAUGCCUAGACUGGAUAUGUUGAAGCUGUUGUUGCGUUUGAUCCAGCAAAAUCGUGGAAGAAUUCAGACACAGGCAGUAGCUGCUUUGCUGGAUGUUGCUGAGAGUAGUUCGGGAAAAGAGUACACGGCUCGGGCAGACCACAGCGAGGUUGAAUGUUUGCUGGUAGCCCUGCAGGACGAGUUGGAUGCGGUUCGUGACGUGGCUUUACGAGCGCUGGCAAUCAUGAUCAAUGUUCUCCCGUCGAUCACGGACGAUUACGAACUAGGGUUGAGAUUGACCAGGAGACUAUGGGUAGCGAAGCAUGACAUAUGUCAGGAUACCAGAGAGCUAGCGGAAAAUUUGUGGAUUCAGGGCAACUUUGAAGUACCCAUCGUAAUGGCAGACGAACUUAUGAAGGACAUCAUUCACCCAGAGCCGUGCAUUCAAAAGGCAGCAUCGUAUGCUUUGGUUUCCAUUCUGACCGAGGACUCUUCCAUUAUCGACAGUAUUGUGGAACAACUAUUGGAAAUUUAUCAGGAAAAAUUGACAAUGAUUCCGGCGAAAUUGGAUCAAUUUGAUCGUGAGAUCGAACCAGCCAUUGAUCCCUGGGGACCACGGAGAGGGGUUUCGAUUGCUCUCAGUCAGAUUGCACCGUUUUUAACGACCGAACUGGUGAACAGUUUGACACAGUUUAUGGUAUCAACGGGACUACGGGAUCGUGAAGAAAUCGUACAUAAAGAAAUGUUGGCUGCUUCACUGGCAAUAGUCGAACACCACGGCAAGGAAAGUGUGUCCUAUCUGCUGCCGACGUUCGAAGAGUUCCUGGAUAAGGCACCGAACAAUAGCGACUACGACAACAUCCGUCAAGCGGUGGUUAUUUUGAUGGGCUCGCUGGCUCGACACUUGGAUCGCGACGAUGAACGCAUUCAACCGAUCGUUAAUCGGCUUCUGUCGGCGCUUUCGACGCCAUCCCAGCAAGUGCAGGAGUCGGUUGCCAACUGUAUUCCUCAUCUGAUUCCGUCCGUAAAAGACCAGGCCCCGCAAAUGGUAAGAAAACUGAUGCAACAGCUGGUGAAGUCGGAAAAAUAUGGCGUUCGAAAGGGAGCUGCUUACGGUAUUGCUGGCAUUGUGAAAGGACUUGGCAUCCUGUCUCUCAAACAACUCGACAUCAUGACGAAACUUACCAAUCACAUCCAGGACAAGAAGAACUACAAGUGCCGGGAGGGGGCACUAUUCGCUUUCGAAAUGCUGUGCGCCACUUUGGGUCGUUUGUUUGAACCGUACAUUGUUCACGUGUUGCCUCAUCUGCUCCAGUGCUUCGGAGAUUCUUCCUCCUACGUUCGGGAAGCAGCGGACGAGUGUGCCAAAACGGUUAUGGCUAAGCUGUCGGCUCAUGGAGUAAAGUUGGUGCUACCCUCGCUGUUGAAUGCACUGGACGAAGACUCGUGGCGUACGAAAACUGCUUCGGUCGAGUUGCUCGGUGCAAUGGCAUUCUGUGCUCCGAAACAGCUAUCCUCUUGUCUACCGAGCAUCGUUCCGAAACUGAUGGAAGUGUUGGGAGACUCACACAUUAAAGUCCAGGAAGCGGGUGCGGAUGCUCUGCGCGUGAUCGGCAGUGUAAUUAAAAAUCCCGAAAUUCAAGCGAUUGUUCCCGUAUUGCUGAAGGCUCUGGAAAAUCCAUCUUCGAAAACAUCCGCCUGUCUGCAGAGUCUGUUGGAAACCAAAUUUGUUCACUUCAUCGAUGCUCCCUCGCUUGCUCUGAUUAUGCCCGUGGUUCAGCGAGCCUUCAUGGACCGGUCAACGGAAACUCGCAAGAUGGCAGCACAGAUCAUUGGAAAUAUGUACUCACUGACGGAUCAGAAAGAUCUUACCCCGUAUCUACCGAACAUCAUUCCCGGUUUGAAGACUUCCUUGCUGGAUCCGGUACCGGAGGUUCGUGCCGUUUCGUCGCGUGCCCUCGGAGCAAUGGUCAAGGGAAUGGGCGAAUCUUCGUUCGAAGAUCUGCUGCCGUGGUUGAUGCAAACUCUCACGUCCGAAAGUAGCAGCGUUGAUCGAUCCGGUGCCGCCCAAGGACUGUCGGAGGUUGUCGGUGGACUGGGCGUUGAAAAGCUUCACAAGUUGAUGCCGGAGAUCAUUGCCACGGCGGAGCGAACCGACAUCGCUCCGCACGUGAAAGACGGUUACAUUAUGAUGUUCAUCUACAUGCCGAGUGCAUUUCCGAAUGACUUCACCCCGUACAUUGGACAGAUCAUAAAUCCGAUUCUGAAGGCGCUCGCCGACGAGAAUGAAUACGUGCGGGAUACUGCGCUGAAGGCCGGUCAACGAAUUGUGAAUCUGUACGCGGAAUCGGCCAUCGCUUUGUUGCUACCGGAACUCGAGAAGGGCUUGUUCGACGACAACUGGCGUAUUCGGUACAGUUCGGUACAGUUGUUGGGUGAUUUGCUGUACAAAAUUUCCGGUGUUUCUGGAAAGAUGACCACACAGACCGCUUCCGAAGAUGACAACUUCGGAACGGAGCAAAGCCACAAAGCGAUCAUCAGGAGUUUGGGUGGCGAACGCCGAAACCGAGUGUUGGCAGGGUUGUACAUGGGUCGUAGUGAUGUUUCACUGAUGGUUCGACAGGCGGCCUUGCAUGUCUGGAAGGUGGUAGUAACGAAUACCCCUCGAACUUUGCGCGAGAUUUUGCCCACGUUGUUCAGUUUGUUGUUGGGAUGUUUGGCCAGUACGAGCUACGAUAAGCGGCAGGUGGCCGCUAGAACGCUGGGAGAUCUAGUCCGAAAACUAGGGGAACGUGUUCUACCGGAAAUCAUUCCCAUUUUGGAGAAGGGCUUGAAUUCAGAUCAAGCCGAUCAACGACAGGGUGUCUGUAUUGGUCUCUCGGAAAUCAUGGCGUCUACGUCGAGGGAUAUGGUGCUAACUUUCGUCAACAGUUUAGUUCCAACGGUUCGGAAAGCCCUGGCAGAUCCUCUCCCAGAAGUACGUCAAGCCGCUGCCAAGACGUUUGACUCCUUGCACGCAACCGUAGGAUCUCGAGCUUUGGACGAUAUUCUACCGUCUAUGUUGGAAAGUCUCUCCGAUCCGGAUCCCGAUGUUGCCGAAUGGACUUUGGAUGGUCUUCGUCAAGUUAUGGCCAUCAAAUCUCGUGUCGUUCUGCCAUAUCUCAUUCCGCAGUUGACGGCCAAUCCGGUUAAUACGAAAGCACUUUCCAUUUUGGCGUCCGUUGCCGGGGAAGCCCUUACUAAAUAUCUACCGAAAAUCCUACCGGCUCUUUUGUCGGCCCUCGCAGCUGCCCAGGGAACUCCGGAAGAAGCUCAAGAGCUGGAAUAUUGUCAAGCUGUCAUCCUAUCGGUUAGUGACGAAGUGGGAAUCCGCACCAUUAUGGAUACCGUUAUGGAAUCUACCAAAUCGGAAAAUCAAGGAACUCGAAAAGCGGCUGCCACACUCCUCUGUGCUUUCUGUACCCAUUCUCCGGGAGAUUACUCCCAAUACGUUCCUCAAUUGCUCCGCGGAUUGCUGCGACUUCUUGCGGACUCUGAUCGAGAUAUUCUGCAGCGUUCGUGGGAUGCUCUUAAUGCCGUUACCAAAACUCUAGAUUCAGCUCAGCAAAUUGCUCACGUAACGGACGUUCGUCAAGCAGUCAAGUUCGCCAGCAGUGAUCUGAAAGGUACGGAACUACCCGGUUUCUGUCUACCGAAAGGUAUCACACCACUCUUGCCGGUAUUCCGUGAAGCUAUUCUCAAUGGUUUACCCGAGGAAAAGGAAAAUGCCUCUCAGGGUUUGGGAGAAGUCAUUCAAUUGACAUCGCCGACAUCACUGCAACCUUCUGUUGUUCACAUCACCGGACCAUUGAUUCGUAUCCUCGGAGAUCGGUUCAAUGCUGGCGUUAAAGCCGCAGUUCUCGAGACUCUGGCUAUUCUACUGCAUAAGGUUGGCAUCAUGUUGAAACAAUUUCUGCCUCAACUGCAAACUACAUUCCUCAAAGCAUUGCACGAUCCCACCCGAAUUGUCCGGAUCAAGGCAGGUCACGCACUGGCAGAGUUGAUUGUAAUACACACCAGACCGGAUCCAUUGUUCAUCGAAAUGCACAACGGUAUUAAGAAUGCAGACGAUUCGGCUGUUCGGGAAACGAUGCUGCAAGCUCUGCGUGGACUGUUGACACCGGCCGGUGAUAAGAUGACGGAACCACUGAAGAAACAGAUCUACGGUACACUUGCCGGCAUGUUGGGUCACCCAGAGGACAUCACUCGGUCGGCAGCGGCCGGUUGUUUCGGUGCCCUUUGUCGAUGGUUGAACCCUGACCAGCUGGACGAUGCCAUGAAUUCACACUUACUGAAUGAAGACUACGGCGAAGAUACGAUUCUUCGGCAUGGACGUACAACUGCUCUUUUCGUGAUUCUUAAGGAAUAUCCGGCAGCUGUUUACAUUGACAAGUAUGUGGCUAAAAUCUGCAAAACCAUUAUCACUUCGAUACAGACGGACAAGAUCCAAGUAGCUUUGAAUGGUGUUCGUGCCGCCGGCUACCUUCUCCAGUACGGAAUGUGUACCGAUGAGAUCAAACUUCCCCAGACAAUCAUCGGUCCUUUCGUGAAAUCUAUGAAUCACACGAGCAACGAAGUGAAACAAUUGCUCGCAAAAACUUGCAUUCAUCUGGCGAAAACCGUUCCGGUCGAUCGAACGGCACCGGAGUACCUGCGUCUAGUGAUUCCGAUGCUCGUGAAUGGAACAAAGGAAAAGAACGGUUACGUCAAAUCCAACUCGGAAAUUGCACUAGUCUACGUACUUCGGUUGCGCGAGGGUGACGAAGUACACCAGAAAUGUCUGACACUGCUCGAACUGGGCGCCCGAGAUUCCCUGAGCGAAGUGGUCAGUAAAGUCCUGCGGAAGGUAGCCCUGCAGCCAGUGGGCAAAGAAGAAGAGUUAGAUGACACGAUUCUCACGUGAUUAGGGUGGCCAUCGUUGCCCACAGUAGGAAGACGCAAACAGUAUCAAUUUAGAGAUUCAUCUUCUGGUUGCUCUGUACGACUAGUAAUCGCCAUGUACUGCCGUGUCGCUUCGGUAAUGGACGCAAGCCCACUUUUCCGGAGCACAUGGUACCAUUGGAACAAUAAACAAGAUAAUCGAUAUGAAAACAGUA